UCAAUGAUUAUUCACUGAUUCAGAUUUAGAGAGUAGACAAUUAUAUACGUCGUGGAAGAGAAGCAUCAUAAAAUGUCACGGUUCUCUAAAUACUUAUUCAAUCAAAUAUGUAUGAGCAAAGCACGUCUUGAUGGCAAAACUGUUGUGAUAACAGGAGCAGGUAGAGGUCUCGGGAAGGAGACUGCCAGAGAUUUAUACGCAAGAGGCGCUAGAAUAAUUCUAGCUUGUAGAAGUAUGGAAAGGGCAAAUAAAGCAAUUGAAGAUAUAAAAAAUAAUCCACCUUCAAGGAUCAAUAAAGAUGAAUAUAAAAAUAACGCAGGUGAACUUGCUACUUAUUCUUUGGAUUUACUUAGUUUGAAAAGCGUAAAGGAUUGCGCAAAAAAUUUGCUGACGAACGAAGCAGCUAUUCACAUGCUUAUAAAUAAUGCCGGUAUAGGAUCACCGUUUUCUCUGGAGAAAACGGAGGAUGGUAAUGAAAUGACACUGCAAGUCAAUUAUCUCAGCCAUUUUCUUUUGACACUUCUGCUGUUGCCAAAAAUGCAGUUGUCUUCUCCCAAUUGCAGAAUAAUCAAUGUCUCGUCAAGUGCACAUAUGUUUACUGACAUAGAUUUCGAUGAUCUUAAUCUGGAGAGGUCUUAUAAACCAUUUAAAAGUUAUGCACGAAGCAAGCUAGCAAACAUCCUGUUCACAAAGGAAUUGACUAAUCAAUUAACAAAGGCAAAUAUUCACGGAAUAAACACAUAUUGUUUACAUCCUGGUAUUAUACAGACCGAAAUAUGGGAUCAUGUCAGAAACACAAUGUUUCCAGGUGCAAACUUUGUUUUUAAUAUAUUUGGGCCAUUUAUGUAUAAAAAGAAUGCUGAACAAGGAGUGCAAACGACAAUAUAUUGUUCGGUAGACGAAAAGACAGUUAAUGAUACCGGUCUUUAUUAUACGUAAGAAUUCACUAUACAUAAAUUAUUUUUAC